AAAAAACGUCACGUGAGCUUGACAUUGAUGACGACACACUCGGGGCGGGUCUUGUCGGUGUCGUCCACUUCCUGCUUCUCUGCCCUGAUUUCGCCUGAGCAGCUGCAUCAGCCUUUUGUCCGACGAAAGACACCAUGUCACAUCAAACGGGCAUUCAAGCGGGGAAUGAUGUGAAGGACAUGUUUGCUAGCGCCAAAACUGGAGACCAGUAUCGAGUCUUAAAGGUCGUCAUUAAGGACGAGCAGCUGACCUUGGGUGCCAGCAGGAAAGCAUCCAAGAAGUGGGACCAGGAGUAUGAUUCUUUAGUGCUGCCGCUUCUGGAGGAUGACAUGCCCUCUUAUAUUCUGUAUCGGCUGGACUCCUCUAACAACCAGGGCUACGAGUGGAUUUUUCUUGCCUGGUCUCCAGACCACGCAGCAGUGCGAAAUAAAAUGUUAUAUGCUGCUACCAGAGCCACACUGAAGAAAGAGUUUGGAGGUGGACACAUUAAGGAUGAGAUCUUUGGCACCACAAAGGAUGAUCUGAACCUCAGUGGAUACAGGAAAUACCUGACCUCACAGGCUGCUCCUCUGCCCCUCACGGCUGCAGAAGAAGAACUGAGGCAGAUUAAACUAAACGAGGUGCAGACAGACAUCAGUGUGGACACCAAGCAGCAGACUCUGCAGGGAGUGGCCUUCCCCGUGCACAAAGAUGCGAUGGCAGCACUUGAACGUUUACGAGACAAGAAAAUUAACUAUGUUCAACUGAAAGUAGACGCCGAACAGGAGCUGAUCCGCUUGUGCAGCACUGAACCAACAGAGGUGAAAGACCUGCCGAUGAGAAUCCCCAAAGAUGCUGCACGCUACCACUUCUUCCUCUACAAACACUCCCAUGAAGGAGACUACCUAGAAUCUAUAGUCUUCAUUUAUUCUAUGCCCGGGUAUAAGUGUAGCAUCCGAGAGAGGAUGCUUUAUUCUAGCUGCAAAAACCCCCUGGCUGACAUGGUGGAAAACAAGCUUCAGAUUGAGAUUGUGAAAAAGUUGGAGAUCGACAACGGGGACGAGGUGAACAGCGAUUUCCUGUACGAGGAGGUGCACCCAAAGCAGCAUGCGCACAAGCAGGCCUUCGCCAAGCCCAAAGGCCCCGCGGGGAAGAGGGGAGGCCGCCGCAUCACCCGACCCCCCGCCGAAGGCGAGGAGGAGGAUUGAACAGACCUCAGCACUCGACCGCCACCUCCGCCCCACGCAGGUUCCACAGCGGCACAUUCCUGCGACGGGGAAAAUCAUCGUUGACACGCUUGUUAAAAAAAAAUGACAAACGCCACCUUAAAUUUCCACAUAGUUCACCCAGAGACCCAGCUAUGCACGCCAAGGACAACUGAGCAAUGACACACUUUCCAUUUGUAGCCUGCCAAAUGGAAGCACAUCCAUGUAUGUUAGUGCAUUCACAAAAAGAGAGUAAUUAAGGAUGAUUCAAAGAAGCCAACCAGGACAAACGUGAGGUUUUUACUUCGUUGCCAGACCAAUAAUUCUGAAGACUUGUGUGAACGUGAGCCAAUAUGAUGAUACUCCCCAGUUUGAGUUCACAUGCUUGAAUUCCUAACUUGCAUUCAUUCCUUCAGUGUCAAACAAUGUUUCCAUGUCUAAUGUGUUCCACAUUUGUCUCCUACUGUUUGCACAGUGAGGUGCUCUAAAGCAAACAUACUCGUGUCGAUUGAUUCCUUUUAACAGUGCAUUUUAUAUUGGGGGAAAAUUGAAUUCUUUUUUGAUAUAACUGUGGUUUACAUGAAAGAAAAAUCAUCUGCUGAUAAACUUAUUUUUCUAUGCAAGUGCUGUAAAUGUACAUAUUGUAGCUGUGUGAUGCUCUAUGGUUAAGAAACAGUCUCGUCUGUUCUCGUGAUUGUUGUCGGUGAGAAUGACAGUGGAACGAACCGGGGCUUCCAGAAAUACUCCAUCAAUACAUCUCAGAUUUCACGAAGAGGAAGCUACUGCAGCCGCACGGCACGAGGCAGAUAGGAAAGGGAAAACAUCCACUGGUCUACUGAUUAACAUUAGGCUAACUACUAAACUCACCUCAUGUGUGAAGGGGAAACCUCCUUGAUCUUCAUAGUGUCAUUAUAAUAGAAAAGUCAUGUCUUAUUUGUUUUCUUACAAAUCUUUCUUUUAAAGGAGGAAAAAUAAAAAUAUUUAAAUCACA